AUGUCAUCCCCGGACGAUGGAUAUCCCAACAGCCCGCCACCGCCGCCGCCAAAGGAACGACCGCUGUCGCAGACCAGCAGCCAUGGAAUCCGGAUUGUGCCAUACUCGCCACCUCGGCUCAGUCGCGACGAGCGCACGGCCAGCCAAUCAUCAUCGGCAACUGGCUCGUCGCGUCCACUGUCGGGAUCACAGCAGCCGAGCCGGGCAGCGUCGCAGCAGUACCAGCCACAGGUGGCGGCGCAGCGUGGCUCGGGCAACUGGGACGUGGUCAGCGACAGGCGAGGCAGCAGUGGCAGCGAUGACAGUGGCGCUGGCAGUGGCAGUGGCGGGGUUGGACGACCAAGCGCAGGUCCCAGCGAGGGAGAUUUCGCCGAUUCGCGAGUCUAUGCGGCGGCCAGCCAAGGGCGCGCGCCUUCGUCCUCGGUUGCCGCGGCCAAGGACGGCGCAGUUUCAGGCACGAAACCAGCCGCACCACAGAGCGAAGGGGCCUCGAGGGCGGCUUCCCCUAGGACCCCACCCGCAGCCGCUGAUUGGCCACGCACCCUGGCCUCCAAUCCC